AUGGCGACUACUGACAAUUUGGCUCUAAUUAGUGUAUCGGAUAAAACUGGAUUAUUAGAGCUAGCGAAAAGCUUGGUAGAAGCUGGUUUCAAGUUGUUAGCAAGUGGAGGAACUGCUUCUUAUAUAAAGAAUGAUGCAAAAUUACCAGUUACUUGCGUUUCCGAAUUCACUGGAGCACCAGAAAUACUUGGGGGCCGAGUGAAAACUUUACACCCAGCAAUUCAUGGAGGUAUAUUAGCGCGUUUAAUACCUGCUGACCAGAACGAUUUAAAGAAGAACAACUACAGCCUAAUAAAAGUAGUAGUAUGUAACCUAUAUCCAUUUGAAAAGGUUGUAGCCAAAUCCGAUACUAACGUUGAAGAUGCUGUUGAAAAUAUUGAUAUUGGUGGUGUAACACUAUUGAGAGCUGCUGCCAAAAAUCAUGAACGUGUUACAGUACUUUGUGAUCCUGCAGACUAUUUGGUAAUAUCCAACGAAAUAUCAUUGAACAAAGAUACGCUUCUAGAAACCCGGAAAAAAUUAGCGUUAAAGGCAUUUACGCAUACAGCGACUUAUGAUGAUUGUAUAUCAGAUUAUUUUCGCAAGAAAUUUGCUGGCGGUGAGAGUCAAAUGAAUUUAAGGUAUGGCAUGAAUCCUCACCAAUGUCCAGCACAACUUUUCACUACAGAUUUAAAACUACCAUUAAAAGUAAUUAAUGGUUCACCGGGGUACAUCAAUUUAUGUGAUGCUUUUAAUAGCUGGCAAUUGGUUAAAGAACUUAAAGAGGUAACUGGUCUUCCAGCUGCUACAUCUUUUAAGCACGUCAGUCCUGCUGGAGCUGGUUUGGGCAUACCAUUAAAUGAAAUUGAAGCUUCAUUAUGUAUGGUAAGUGAUUUACUUGAAAUUAUGACUCCACUUGGAUCUGCUUAUGCUCGUGCCAGAGGAGCUGAUCGCAUGUCUUCAUAUGGAGAUUUUGUUGCUUUAUCACAUUCUUGUGAUUUAGUUACUGCUAAAAUUAUUUCCAGAGAAGUUUCUGAUGGUGUAAUUGCACCUGGAUAUAGUGAUGAAGCUUUAAAUUUGCUCAAAAAAAAAAAAAAUGGAAAUUACUGUGUACUACAAAUUGAUUCAAAUUAUACACCUAAGACUGUUGAGCGUAAAGUUUUGUUUGGAAUGACCUUAGAACAGAAACGUAAUGAUGGAAAAAUCGAUGAAAAUCUUUUUACCAAUAUUGUAACUAAAAGACAAGAUAUGACAGAAGCAGCUAAACGUGAUUUGAUUCUUGCUACAGUAACAUUGAAGUACACCCAAAGUAAUUCAGUGUGUUACGCUUUGAAUGGUCAAGCCAUUGGAAUUGGAGCUGGACAACAAUCAAGAAUUCACUGCACUAGACUAGCUGGGGAUAAAGCUGAUAAUUGGUGGUUGAGGCAACAUCCGUAUGUUUUAAAUAUGAAAUUUAAAAAAUCAGUCAAAAGAGCUCAGAUAGCAAAUGCCAUUGAUGAUUACAUUGGUAAAACCAUUGGAAACGGUCUUUCACGCACUAGAUGGGAAAGUUUGUUUGAUGUAAUUCCUGCCGAGUUAACCCCCGAAGAGAGACUUGCCUGGUCUGCUAAUUUGAAAGGAGUUGUAUUGUCAUCAGAUGCGUUUUUCCCAUUCAGUGAUAACAUCGAAAGAGCUGUCCAGAGCGGAGUUGAAUACAUAGCUUGCCCAUCUGGUUCAACAAAUGACCAAGAAGUAAUCAAUUACUGCAAUGAACAAAACGUUGUGUUGGCUCAUACUAAUUUGCGUUUGUUCCACCAUUAA